AUGCUUCUUGGUAUUGUGUCUGCAUACCAAGUAUGGAUUUGCAUAUGCAUAAUUUUUGAAGUCUCAGCUGAAUGGGAAUUAUCUUGUUAUAAUGAAUCUUUGCAUAUACAGUGUGGCGCAGAAAAAUCUAUCGUUAUUCAUGAAGCCCAUUUUGGAUACUUUAGAGAUAUUUUAUUAGUGUCGAAUUCAACGAAAAAAUGCCGUUCACCCAAUGCUAAAGACUGCUGGAUUGAUGUGACUGCUGACAUUUCUAGAAGAUGCUCUGGUCAUUCACUUUGCAAAAGCUCUGUUCAUUAUUCAUCAGAAUUGUCUGCGGAAUUGUUAUCAAGGGAAUGCUCAUUUAUCAGUGACAAUCUAGCCGAGCCAACAUUAUUUGUGGAAUAUGAGUGUAUUUCAACAACUCUUAUUACACGAAUAUCGAAUGAGAAUCAUGUGGAUCCGGAUCAAAUCGGUGGAUAUUUAAUCAGUUUAGAUUAUAAUGAAAUUAUACAAAGUGGUUCAGAAUGGAGAAGUCAUUUGGCUGAUGCAAUGUGUGGUGCUCCUACAGUGAAUAAUCAUCUACCGCACCGUUUCUAUUUACCAGCGCCGAAACUUAGUACAACAAGACAAUCGUCCAUCCAUCAUCAUCAUAAUGACAAUGAUAAUAAUAAUGCCGAUGACAGCAGUCUAUUCAAUAAAGGCAUAUUGGCUACAUUUAUACUUAGAAUAAAAGAUAUUGGUUUAACUAAAUCAUCAAAUGUAAAUAUGAUGCCCUCUGCCUCUUCAUCGUCAACAUCCUCAAGGACAUCAAUAUCGAAUAAUAAUAAUAACCAUAAUAAUGAUCUUAUCUUAGCCACGGGACCAGCUUGUCCAUCGGAUCCAGGGAAAGCAUGUCAUCAUGACUAUUUAUCGAUUGAUGCUCGAGUGUCUAGUUCAUAUAAUUCUACAGAGAUUAUUAUACCCAUCGUACGUUUUUGUCUAGUCAAUAGUUCCGCGAAAACAUCGGCAUCAUCAUCACAGUCUGCCGCCCCCACCCACGCAUCCGCCUCCUCUGCAUCAUCAGCGUCAUCACCGUCAUCAAUGUCCUUCCCAUCCUUCUCCUUCUCUUCUUCAACCAUUACAUAUGAUAAUGAUUAUCAGAAAUUAUUUCCAGCUGAUGAAACCCAUUUAGUUGGACAAGUCUAUGGUCCAAUUAGCAAUGCAUUUGGAUUACAAUUCACAUCGAAUUUAAAUCUAUUAGAUCCUUACAUCAUACACGGGAAAGGUAUCAUGAUAGAAUAUAUAGCUCUUCUAUGUGUUCCAAUCAAUCCACCAAGUGGGAAUGGUAUAGUCGACUAUCGUUUUCGUACCAACCCGCAUACAUCGCAUACAUUCGCUUAUGCUGAAAUCUUCUGUCCAUCGGAUCGUUGGUUAGAGCCAACUGAUCCGGGAUUAGAUGAGGUUUACUCAGGAAUUAUUCAUACUCCUACUACUAAUAAUAAAAAUCAUAGUGAUAAUAAUGCUUGGUGGUUAGAACGCAGACGACAUGUUACCUUGAUAUGCGAUCAUCAUGAACGUAAAUGGACGCCGAAUAGACUACCAGAGGCAUGUUUAACAUCUGACGAAUUGACAACUUUCGUUGCACAAAUUACCAAGAAAUUACAAGAGAGCAAAUCAUCAAUGCCUAAUGGAUUCGCAAGUGAUAAUAACACAUUAAAUGGAGCAAAUAUCACUGCCAUCUCUUCAUCAUCCUCUUCUUUGAAAGCUGUUGAUAAUGGCGAUGAAGAAGAUGCGGCGGCGAGGAAUGGCUAUACCUACCAGGCCACGCAUAUCUCAUCAGUUGUUUUAGGUUCAAUCCUUGGAGUUUUGGUAUUGGUUUUAGCUGUCCUCUUGGUUGUUUACAGUUUACGGCAUAAACUAUUUGAUCAAUAUCAUAAAACAGUCAAUUUAGCGGCUAUCUCAUCGUCUAGUCGUCUUGGUUCUUCAUCGUUGACAACAUUUAGUCGAUCAAAAGAUACUCUGCUGUUUCCAACAUUUAAAAAAUCCUCCUAUAAUACUCUUGUCACCAAUGGAAACCAUCGUAAUCUGUUUAAAUCAUAUCCACAUUUAAUAAGUCAUCAGACAAUAAUGAAUGAGAGUGUACCUGACCUACCAACACGACCACAACAACUACAACUACAACAGCAACAAUCAUCAGUACCUCUUGCAGCAUCAGCUGCAACAACAAGAACAACAGCAUUGCAUAGUUCAAUGAUAACUGGAAUGAAUAAAAAGACAUCAAAUAUUGAUUUAAUGCGAGGUAAUGGUGGUUAUCUUCCACCAUGGCGUAGUUCCCUUAAAAAUAAUCAUAAUAAUAUCAUUAAUAGUCCUGUGACGCCUAAUGCUAUAUCCGCUUUAACUCUAGUGCCGAAUACACCAGGUUCAGAGCAUCGACAAAUGAUGACCUCUUUACCAUGGCUGCGUACUAAUUCAUCAACACACAUUACCACUACUAAUCAUCAUAAUAAUAAAAGUAUGACAAAUCAAAAUGGUAGUAGUAAUAAUAAUAAUAAUAAUUCAGCAUUUGGAGCUUCUAGUGAAACAAUGCUAUUCUCAUCAUUAAACAUUCCAAAUGGCUUACCACGUUCAUGGUGGUUACCAUGGCGUAAAAGUAUGCGAAAAAAACGACGUCUGUAUACACAAUUACAAAGACGUCAAGAAAUCCAAUCCUCCCUGUCACAACGUGGUCUGUUAGAGUCUAGUAAUAUGCUAGACAAUAAAUCGACGCCACAUUUACGCAAUAGCGGCUAUUUGAUGACAUCAUCGAAUGGAUUCUUGAUUAGCGAACCAUCACGUUCAGGAGGACCAAUGCCACCGUUACCGCCUAUACCACAGUCGGCAACAUCAUCAAAAAGAGAAGAGGUGUCGCAUUCGUUUGCUGCUAAACAUCCACCUUUACCACAGCAACAACAACAACAACUACGCAUAAAGCCGGAUGGAGGAACAGGCAGUGAAAGGGUUAAGACAACAUUGCUAACAAAUGAUGGAAAUAAUUUCGGUGGUGUCUGUAGCACUUUAUACACAAAUCAAGAUCCGAUGAAUUCACCAACCUCAUUAAUGUUGUAUACAAAUUACCAAUCGAAAAUGACACCAGAUGAACAGAGCAUGCUUAACACAUCAACAAUAUAUCCGAAUAAAGCGAAUUCCAACAAUAUCCAAUCAUUCCCCUCGUCAUCGUCAACAGCCUCAUCGUGGAUGAAUAUGGUUAAUAAUAAUGGCGCUGAUAAUGACUUGCCGUGGAAAUUCACUCCACCGAAUAGAAAUAGUUUUAGUAAUGGUAUCCGUCGUCUGUCAUCGUUCUUUCGUAGUUUCCAUCAAAGCAAUGGGUCAUUCACUCCGCCUAGGAAUUUUUCCGCCUCUUUUAAAAAGUCUUCUUACAGAUCGUCAUCGUUCAAUUCACGAUCGGAAAUGCCGUCUAUGCCAACACUGCCAACGUUUAAUCACAGGACUACAUCGAAUAUGAGUAAUAAUAAUCAUAAUAAUAAUAAUGAUAUUAAUAAUAGUAGUAAUAAUUACAUUAAUCAUGCUGAACAGCCCAUGGCGAAUCAUGAUUCAUUUCGUUUACUUAGUGGGCGGCAUAUUACACACCCAUUGAUGCAAUCAUCAACGCAAGCUUUAUCAGAAUCUAGUGAUUUACAUAAAAAACAUACUCGUGCCUAUAAUUUAUGGGCUAAUCAAACAGUUAAACCAUCCUUAUUUCAACAAGAUGGAUAUAACAGCUUCAAUGUGUACGGUAGCAGCGGAGAUGAGCAUACAACUAUCGGUGAUAUGCUCUCCGGUUCACGGAAUACAACUAAAACAAGCCUACAAGGUAGUAGUCGUCUAGAUUCAUUAUUAUCAACUGAACUAAUUGAUUUAUGCGGUGCUGCAACAACCACUGCUGCAGGAAGUGGUGGCGCUUUAAAUAAAGAUGAUCCUUUCGUGAAAGGGAAUACUACAUCAACUACACUGAAAGAUCCUAAUUCAAUAAUGUAUACUAAUAAUAAUAAUAGAUUUGAUUAUAUUGAAAAGGAUCAGAUCAAUCAAUCCCCGUAUAUUACUACCACUGAUCCGUAUUUAGAACCUGUUUCACUUAAAAGACGACAACAGAAUUUGAUUACUAAUCAGAUUAAUAACAUCGAUAACAAUAAUAAUAAUAAUAAUAACCGUACUCAAACUAAUGGCAAAAUCAAUGGUGAUACAGGAAUAAAUACAAAUUAUGACCUCCUCAAAGGAAAUAAACCUGAUCAGCAUGCAAUUCAUAGUGGAACAAGUUCUGCCAUCAGUUCUUUAGUAUUCGCUGAUGACUGCGACAUUAUUUCAAAGGUAUCCGAUAAUUCGCUGAAUAAAUCUGAUCAAUAUAGUGAAUUGCACAGAUUAACACCACAAAUAUCAAAUAAAUCGAUUGUUUCUAAUCCAACUCCUGUUGCUCCUGCACCUCCGCCUCUUACUGCAGCGCAUAAAACGGCUAAUCCUCCAACGAAUAUUCUUAAUAUUCCACAAUUGCAGCAUGAUAUACCUACUAUUGAUUAUGUCACAUAUGAUGAAGCACGUUCAACAGAAAACAAUCUUUUGAUACAAAAUAAAAAACCUGUGAAACAAUCAAUCAAAUCGCCACCACCAUCAGUAGACUAUAAGAGUAAUAAUAAUAAUAAUAAUAACAAUGAUGAUGAUGAUUAUUACGCUCAAAAUAUUUUAAAAUCAAAUGAAACAAUUCUCUCAUCGAGAUCGUCGAUUAUGCCUGACUAUUCACAAAUGAAAAGAAGACGAAGUACCAUAAAAAGCUGUGAUUCGCGUCCAUUAUCUGAUGCGAUGAUUAGUAAUCACUACUAUGAUUUAAAUAAAAAUACAAAUUAUCAAGAUAUCUCUAUGAUAUCACCAUCGCAACCUCCAGGAGAUGGAGGUGAUAACAUUCCAUCGGCAAUUAAAUCUCAUCCACCUUUACCGCCUUUAUGGUCUAACAAUAAUGAUCGAAAUUUCGGCUCAGUAGAUUCAUUGUAUGAAACAGUUGACCUACCGAAGACAAAUUCUGCAAUUCCUACGAUGGCACCGAAAACUGCAACAGCAAUGGCUCAUAUGAUUCAACGACCAUCCUUAAUGCCAAGUAGCAUGAAUACAAACUAUGCUGAACGUUGUAAAAUGGCAUUACCGCCGACACCGAGUUCAUUCAGCAUCAAGGCACCAGUACGAUCAAUCGGUGAGAUGGAUGAUUGGAAUCUACCAGGUUCAGAUGAUUCAGAUGAUGAUGAUAAUCUUGGUUCAUGA